GACGUCAGUCAGUCAGUUCCCGAUCUCGGUAGAAAGACAGAAACAAAACAAUUUCCCUACCAAUAAUCUAUUAUCUACAGGGUUUAUGUAUGUUAUUUUACACACGUAAUUUUGUUUUUAUUUUUUAUUUCGGUGGUUUUCAUGAUCUUCAACUAGAAAAUGACGGAAGAAAAUAUCACAGUGAGCGACAACUCAGAUUCCGAUGAAGGCGGAACUCAAGAACUCAGGGGGCAUUUGAGUAAAUGGACGAAUUACAUUCAUGGUUGGCAGGACAGGUUUAUUGUUUUGAAAGAUUCAACAUUAUCCUACUACAAGAGCGAAUUGGAAAGUAAUCUUGGAUGUCGGGGUGCGUUAUGUUUGAAGAAAGCCAAAGUUAAGCCCCAUGAAUUUGACGACUGCCGGUUUGAUGUUUCUGUUAAUGAUUGUGUAUGGUACUUGAGAGCUUCAAAUCCAGAAGAAAAACAGCAGUGGAUUGAUGUAUUGGAAACUUUUAAGGUUGAAUCGGGAUAUGGCACAAGCUCCGACAGCAGUUCCAACGGUGGUGGAUUGCGGAGACAUGGAUCUGUCACAUCUCUACAAUCAACGGGCUCUCAUGUUUGGAAGCGAGCAUUUUGGGCCGUUGAUGGCUCAAGGACGCCAUCGCCCACUGAAAUUAGAAGAAGGGUUGAUUCCGCAGAUUCUGAUGGCCGCACAGCCCGCCGUCUCACCGAGAAAAUACAAGAACUGGACACAUAUUCAGAGCUGCUAUCCAAACAGGCCGUACAAAUGCAACAGUAUUUCGACAUGUGCGUGGCGGCUUACCCUCAGAUAAACGACGAGGGCAUCGAAGCGGACGCGAUAGAUGCUGUCAAAUUAGCUGAUGGGAAUGACUUAUCCCUCCACGCUGGAGAAGUUCGAGCGACCAGUGCCUCAUUCCGGGCGACUAUUGGCGCUACGAUGGCAACACUGACGCAUUGUGCUGAUUUACUGCGCAGGAGGGAGAAGCAGGCGAGGCAAGCUGAAGAACUAUAUAUGGCGUUGAAAACUCAGCUGAAUGAGGCUAGGCUGGCGUCUAAACCGGGACCCGAUCACGAGGAGGGACCUCACUCCACCUUACCAGACGACGAGUUCUACGAUGCCGUCGAGACAGGCUUCGACAAGAUGGAGGAGGAGCGGUGCGCGCGAGUGGCGCCGUCUACCGAGCACACGCGCGACCAGGUGGAGCUGCCUCCACCAGCCAUCGACAACAGACUCACAGUGCAUCCUCUAUGGCCCGAGAUCGACCGGAUAUCAACGGAGCAGAUCCAAGCAGCAUUCGAGGGCGUUGGUGGAGAGAUAGGAUGGCAGUUGUUUGCCGAGGAGGGCGAUAUGAGGAUGUACAGGAGAGAAAUGGAGGUGGACGGCAUGGUAAUGGACCCGCUAAAAGCGAUGCAUAAAGUCCGGGGCGUGUCGGCGCGCGAAAUGUGUCACUACUUCUUCAACCCGCGGUACCGUUACGAGUGGGAGACAACAUUGGAGAACAUGACGAUAGUGGAGGAGAUAUCGUCGGACGCCGUGAUCUUCCACCAGACGUUCAAGCGUAUCUGGCCGGCGUCGCAGCGGGACGCGUUGUUCUGGUCGCACGUGCGCCGCGACCGCGACUACACCUACAGUGUCACCAACCAUUCCACGCCCAACCCUCAGUAUCCGUCCAACACGGGCGCGUGUAUCCGUCUGUUCGUGACUGUGUGUCUCGCCUGCCGCAGCUCGUUCCCCCCCGGCGAGGCCCCCACGCGGGACAACGUCACCACAAGCAUCGCUUACUGCAGCACAGUGAACCCCGGCGGCUGGGCCCCGGCAGGAGUCCUGCGAGCGGUGUACAAGCGCGAGUACCCCAAAUUCCUCAAGCGCUUCACAAACUACGUGGUCGAUCAAUGUCGCGGCAAACCACUAGCCAUCUAGCGCUACACUUAGCCGACUGGCGAUCACGUGUAACGUACGAGUAAGAGACAGGUCCCAUUGCUGCGUUGCGUCGUGCCGCUCCGUUGUUUUUCCACAGGUUUUGACGAUGACGUUCGUUGACGUACGUCGAAACUACAUACAAUUUCUGCUUUGUGCGUCGACGGUGGUCAAAACAACGGAGCAAUGGGGCCGCGCUGUGAGAAAUAAUUGCCAUUUACACUACUGGCGCCAUAUAUACUUUCGCCUAAUAGGGAUUUUUCAGAUUGUCCUAUUCGCUACAUCAGGCUGUUGUCCGUGUAAUGAUAUGAUUAUGGAAUAUGCUACCGAUAACUGAUUCAUCCCUAGAAAGUGGGGUUCAGAAAUCUGGGAAGAAGUAUUCUAGUAGCGCCAUCUGUUGGCAAAAUGUAAAAUGCCUAUACAAAUUAUGAUAUACCCGACUUAUAAAAUGGUGAAAGUCGCUUGAUAAAGGCAAGAACAAUGAUUUAUAGUACUUUUUCUAUAAAUGUGUGUAUUUAUAAAGUAAAUAUGUAAGGUAAAAAAUUUGAAAAUUGGUGCAACAUUGUAUAAAAUUAAAUGUUGUCAAAUGUAUUAUUUUUUAUGUAAUAUAUGCACGUAUUUAGAACUUACAAUAUGUUUUUUGAGUCUAUUAUACUUUAUCGUACAUAAAUUGGAUAUAAAUGUAAGUUUUGAAAAUGAAGUUGCCACCAUGAAUCAUAAAACACGUAGCACGUCAUUGCGUCCACACGUUCUCUCUUUUAUAUGGGGAAAAGAGACAGCGUGUGGACGUUAGAAACGUGCUGCUUGUUGUAUAUUUCGUGGUUAGGUCUUCAGUUUCUACGUGGGUUAUGGGAUAUUGAAGGACCAUAUAUUUCAACGCAGAAUAUAAAUUGUGAAUUUUAAUAUAAUACGAAUUGUAAUUUCAACUAAUCUGUUUCAUUACGGAUUGUUGAAUAUAUUAUUGUAUAUUGUAGAAUUGCUUUAUAUAUUAUAGAAUUGCUUAAACUUUUAAAUUGGUCCAGAAAAAUUAAGGGCCGGUUGCACCACUUUCCGACAAAAUAUCAUAUUGUAAUCUGACAGAUGAACUAACUUGCCAGAUGUUGUGCUUGGCCAGAUUUGCCAGACACUUGUGAAACACAAUUUUAACGCAAUCUGUUCGAUAUGUUAUAUAACUUUGUCAGCAAGCGGUGAAACUGGCCCUAAACAUCGGUACCUGUUCUUGAAAAUUAAAAAUAUAUUAGCAAAAAUUAUAAAGGAAAGGGUCCAUUAUACUCAGAAGUUGUUAUUAGAUUGAAAGGAGUGGUUUUAUACCAUAGUACUUAUGUCGAAUUGCACGUAGGCUACGGCGAGUAGGUUUGGCAAAUUGGAUUGUGCGUCAACUUUACAUUGGAAGUGAAGAGUUAAAAAAGCUGUGGAGUUUGUACGAGUUUUUGCGAGUAUGCCUCUAUCGUAUGUGUUGUGCGCACACGCACGGGUUUUUUAAAGUCAGCCAUAGCGAAUAGGACCUCACUGGACAGUGGCGCUAUAGUUAGCGCCGCUGUCCAGUGAGGUGAACGAAAAACAGAAGUCGAAAGUUGUUUAGUUGAUGCACAAUCAGGAGAGUAAAGGGUUAUGGGCAGAUGUGUUCAGUUAGAUAGGUUUGCUAAUUAUUGUAAUCGUUUAGGAACGAGGGAGUGUGGCAUCGUGACUGUUUUAUCAACAUUAUAAUUAGGCAUUCUGGUCGCCAAUCUAUAUUUACAAUUGAGUCAAUGGUAACUUUUGUAUUUCUAAAUGAUCGUGGUCCGUUGUUAAAAGAUUUUAUUUUAAGGAAGAGAAGUUAAUUUCUCUUUUCCUCGUUUUGACAGUUGCAUUCGAGGCUGUGACGCCCCAAAGCCUGGGAUCAACCAAAAAAAUAAAACUUAAAAUUUUGAAGAUUCGGCUGUGAUUUUGUUUUAUACCGACUGAGAUUAAAGUGCAUGUCGAGGAAAAAUAUCGUUUAGCUAUACAGUGUCCAUAGGAAAACUAUGGCUUCUAAAUUCGGCUACGAUAUUUGCGAAUGGAAAAACAUUGCUAGGUUAUCCUUAUGUUGGAUACAAAGCUCACAUUGAGCAAUACACGUCGUUUCGCCACGAUCAUGGCCGUGUGCCUAUAAAAUAUAUUUAUGUGACCUGGAUUACUUAAUUGAGUUGUAGACUGUAUGUUACGUAUGAGCACUAGAUUGUGCUUUAUCAAAUAAAUACUGUGUAAUAUUAAUAAUAAAAAUGUUGAGUAUACUGAAUCUAUAAAUGGUUUUCAACCAAACCAAAUCAAAUUGUCAAGUUUUGAUUGGUUGAAAAACACUCAGUGUUGCCUACCAAGAGGACACAGCGCCCUCAUUUACUUUCUUAUCUUUAUAGACAGACUGAACUUAAUUGAUUCUGAUGUAGAUCAUUACUAUAUAUUUGUGCCGCUUAGAUUUUAUACAGCGCAAUUCGAGGAUUGGUAUAAUUAUAUGUUGAUCUUUAAUAUUUUUAUGAUUCGUCAGUGAGAAACACUUGAGCACAAUAUUUGAAACAUUUAUAAAAUGAACGAUUUUAUAUGAUAGCGUAUAUUCUUUGUAAGUCUUGUUUUAUUUUUAGUCAUGUUAUUUUUAAGUACUUGAAUUUACAAGUUUUUUUUUCAGGAAGAAUGUAAUAAAACUUUCAACUUCAUCUCUGCUGUUUCAUAGCAUCGAAAAUAUUUGGACAUACUCAUAAUUAAAAUUAUAUGUAUAUGGCAAUAUUGAAUUUAAAUAAGUUUUCCGUAUUGAUAAGUUUUAUUUCACUUCAAUGAGCUCGACUUCAUCAUUAUAUUUGAUUAGCAAAUAAUUGAAUACAAACUGCCUAAUUUUGUCAGAACAUGUAUAGGGUAUAUAUAUAUGCUCAAGUGUUAUAUAUUUUCAGCAUAUUGUUAUGUUAAAAGUUUAAUGAUUCUUAAUGUUAUUUCCAUUCCAACUUCCGAUUCGUAAUGUAUAGUAUUGUAAUAUUAUGUAACGACCGUCAAAAACAAUAUUGUACAGACUCAUAAUAUAUGUCACGGUUAAAUACGGGGGAAUAUAAAUUAUUGCAUUUUUAACCACGCAAUGUUGGAAUUGUAAGUUAUAUAAUGUGAAAAUGUUUUUUGAUUAUUGUUUAUAAUAAAAAGUUUUAUGAUGAA